ACACUACAAUAUUCCUGAAAAACAAUAAAAAAAAAAUCGCAUUGUUAAUCUAUUUAAUUCUGUCCACAAAAGAUGGACAAUUUUGUAAAGACGCUCAUUGAGGAAGUCAAGUCACAGGGUGUCUUCGACGAGUUUCGCUUUAAUUGCUGUCUGGCGGAUGUGGACACAAAGCCAGCAUACCAAAAUGUACGCAAUCGUGUCGAGACUGCUGUCAACGAUUUUCUGGCCAAACAACAUUGGACACCAGACACAAACAAGGUGCAGUUGCGUGAGCGACUACGGAAACAUUUACUUGACUCUGAUGUGUUGGACAAGGGUGUCGAUCACAUAGUAGAUCAAGUGGUCAACCCAAAGGUAGCUACUAUAUUUGAGCCAAAGAUUGAAAGCAUUGCCUACAAAUAUCUGGGCAUCACCCCGCCGCCCCCACCGACCAACCCGCCUCCAAGACCACCGCUGUUACCAGCGCCCCCCUUACCGCCAUAUGCUGCCCAUGCUCUUGGCCAUAUGAAUGGAGGGGGCAAUAUGCUUAAGGUGGAGACUACCGCUAGCCUAUUGCCAACAGAUCUGGAGCAAAUCAGUCCGGAUUCCGAUCGAGCAACUUUCAAAUCUGACCUAAGGGAUGACAGCAAAGACGAUGAGCUGCCUCCUGGUGUAGAUGACAUUGAUGACAUGGAUUACGACGAGACAACUUCGCCAGCAUUUGAGCCUGCCGCAAGCAUUAAAGAAGAAAUUAACAAUGGCUCGCUUAACACAUCCGAUUCUAUUAAGGACGUCAAGGAGCUGGCAAAUGAUUCGCGAGACGCUGGCGCCUCGCAAGCCUCUCAGUUAUCACAGGUAUCAAGUGACAGUCGUCUAACCAUUGCCUCCACGGACGCACCGCAGCCAACGUCCACCAACAAUAGCGUGGAACUCACUUCAAACAUAGCCGCCAACAUGUCGGAGGAGGCGCAGAUGCCCAAGUUCAACGAGAACUCCAGUGAGACGAACGAAAACAGCGGUCGCCAGUUGCACUUUGAUAUCAAACAGGACGCGAUUACAUUCGAGGGAACUGAGCGCAGGAAUUCAUUGUCGGAGAAUACCAACGGUGGUAACACCCAUGCCAUCUUAAUUGAGGACGCCAUUAUGUGCGAAAUGAAGGCCAAUGUAGAUGAUGUUAAAAGUGUAACUAAAGAGCCGACACCGGAUCCUAUUCCAGAUCAAUUGACAAUCAGAGCAGAGCAACAGUCGGAGAAUACCUUUAGUCUGUUUUCAGACUCGACAGCGAACUCGCAGAAUCCCAAAGAUAGUUUAACUGCGACGCCUCAAGAGUCGGAAUUGCCAGAAGUACCUGAAAUAAAGGAAGAUUUGACAAAACCUGACGAAGCAAAGGCAACCGAACCUGAAGUUGCAUCCACAACGUUACCAAUUCCAUUGGAAGAACUUAAGUUGGCUGAAUUAACAACAUCACCUGCAUCGGCUUCCUCGUCGUCGCAAACAAAGAAACAUUCACACUCAAGGGAUAAGGAUAAGCGCCAUCACUCGCAAUCCCACUCCGAUGAAAAGCAGCGCAGAAAGUCGCGCGAACGGGAACGAGAACGUGAUCGAGAACACGAUAAAUCACGUGGCAAAACUUCUUCCAGCUCAAAGCACUCGUCCCAAUCAUCCAGCUCGAAGCACAGGAGCAGCAGCUCCAAAUACGAAAAGAGCUCCACUUCGACAACGUCCAGUCGCAGCAAUCAUGAGUCCUCCACUUCCAAACGUUCCACGUCGCGUCACGAAUCAUCCACACACAAGAAACACAAGUCUAGCUCUUCAUCGUCACGUUCUGAUCGUGACAGGACAAAAAGUCGAGAAACCAGAGAAAGCCAUAGUCAUCAUAGUCGCAGUCACAAUGGCAGUAGCAGCACAUUAUCCACGUCAAAACGGAGUGAUCGCGAUCGGGAGCGAGAUCGCAACAAGUCAAGUUCAAAUUCUACCUCAAAUUCUGCCUCCAAUUCCAUAAAUCCGCCAGCAUCUGCAGUCAUACAGGACGAUCAUAAUGAGGUCAAAGCAAAGCUACAAAAACGCCACAGCAACGACUCGAAUGAUGAGGGUAAGCCUCCUGGCGCAUCUGGAAAAUCUCCCCCUGAAUCUACCGAGUCCCAAACCAAAGAGACAAGAACAGAUUCGUCAGCUCAGAACGGCAAACCGACGGAAACCAAUGGAACUAAUGGCACAAAUGACAAUCACACGCCCAGCAACAACGACUCCGUUGAUGAGAUUGUGGAUGCCGGCAAUGUGAUCAUUGUUAGCGAUAUACUGCAACAGUCUACGGUCAGUUUUAUUGAGUUGAGCAGCGCGAUCGCACCUUUGGUUUCAGCAGAAGACAUGAACAAACCCGAAGAGAAGGAAACACACUCAAAACCGGCGCUACAAGUUGUAGAGUCAGCUGAAACAGAGCCACCAACCACAUCCACGGAACCUGUUGUUGAACCAGAAAUUAAAUCAGCAACUGAGCCGAAAUCCGAUGUCGCUAAUGAACCUACUGUGGAGCCAGUGAUUCCAGAUCCUGAUCCAGAGAUUCCUGCAAAAAUAGAAUGCGCGCAGGAGAUUUCUACUGAAUCAAACACCCCAGAUAAUUCCUUUGUUGAGCCUAGCGUAGAUACGAACCUGGAGGAAACAGCCAUAGCUGCAGAUAUUGCUCCGAAUUUAGAACCCAUCAAUGAAUCCUCGUCGGUUAAAUCAAUCCCAUCGCAGCCGAAUAAUGAAAGCGGAGAAACAUUCACACACUUCGAGGAGAAUGCUGAGGAAUUUAAUGCGCGUUUGCAACUGAUUGAACAUAACAUCAAGGAUCUUCGCAUGCUUCUUAACGUCUUCAGUGAGGCCGAGGACACAAGUUUCCCGCGUCGCAACAGCGCAAAGCGUCGCCUAAGCAGCGAGGCAUCCUCGUCUAAGGAACACAGCAGCUCCAGUUUCAGCAGCAGCAGCUCCGUCAGCCCAAAUGCGAAAGUAAAACGGACGCGUCGUGACGAUGCCAAGACCUCACCCACGCCAUCGGAAAUCAGCGUGAAUUCCAAGGAGAACGAAGAACUGGAAAAGCACGACAAAGGUGACCUGUCCUCGAGGCGUCUUAGCCAGAAGCUCUGCCAGCAGCAGCGCUACACCAACGAUGAUCUCUACAAACCCCGUCCACUUUUGUCGCAGCGUUCGCGUCGUCGUGGUCUGGAUUCAAUCCUUUAGCUGGUGCCUGGUGUAUAAAUUUAAUUCAUCUUAUGAGAAAGCAAUAAAAAAGGCAAUUGUUGUUGUUGCAUUUGACAUUAAA